CAGAUCGAAGAUGGCCGCGACGUGGCGAGUUGGGCGGACGAACGACUCGUCGGGCGUCGCAGCCGCGCUGCGCCCGAGCACCGGGUACCGCGAAGACAUGAUCAAGCGGGGCGUGGCGCCUCGCGACUUUGUCAAGGAGAACCGCAAGCGCAUCCAGCUCAAGCAAGCCGAGCAGGCGCAGAAGAAGGCGGACGACGAGGCCAAGGCGACGGCCAAGCGCGCGGUCGAUGGCUUCAAGAUCAAGCGCUUUGAGCGCGCAGCCUCGCGCGUUGGCAGCUACGACGGAGACGACCGCUCGAGCACGAGCAGCCAGCACACGCGGUAUACGACCCAUCGACGCGAGUACAACAAGGCGCGCGUCCCGACCCAAGACGAGCUCCGCGAGCGCGACCGGCAGCUCAAGGAGGCCCAGAACCGGCAAACCGUCGACUUUAUCAACUCGAACGCAUGGGAGGUCAUCCAAAAAGCGCCCAAGAAACCUACGCCGACGGCCGCCGAGCUCUGGGACAUCGAGUCGAGGCGACACCACAGCUUUGGCCAAGUCCCGAGCUACCUCCGCGAGCGCAAGGCCGCGUGGGCGAAAGAAGAAGAGGAGCGCCGCAUGAACCUUCCCGACCCCGACUGUCCCCACGGGAUGGUGCUCAUGGCCGACGACGACCGCUUGGACACAUUGGCGACGCUGCGCGAGAGCUAUGAAGCCGCGCGCCGACAGAUGAACCAGCUGCCGCUGCGGAUUGAGACUCCGAGCCAGAUCCGCCGCAAGCAAGCGCUCGAGACCAAAAUGCAAGAAAUCGAGGACGCGAUCAAGGUCUUUGAUAAGCCCAAGGUCUUCAUGCUGCCGGAAGCGCUCUCCGAGUCGACGACCAGCGCCUAACGCCCUAUCCAAUACUAUCCAAUACUAUCCAAUUCAACCCAAUCCAAUUCAAUACUAUCAU